AUGUCAAACUCUGCCAGUCACUCCCCUUCUGCCGUCCACGGAUGGACGGCGGUCCCGCUCAGCCCCAAAGACCUGCUCGCAGGUGAGCCUUAUAUCUAUAAACCAGAAAGCCUCUUGGUCAAGGAUAUACAUUUUCCUUCAGAUGAUCACCUUGUCACCAAAGUUCAACAAUAUGCCAAAGAAAAAUUACCUCUCCCGACAUAUCAUCAUUCCAUGCGCGUCUACUACUUUGCUACUGCUAUCCUGCAACAACAAUUCCCUGGCUUUGCCAAGUCCCUGUCACGGUCAACCUUGGCAACCACAGCCUUGCUCCAUGACAUCGGCACGACACAUGACAACUUGCGCGCUACACAACUCUCAUUUGAGUAUUACGGCGGCAUGAUUGCCCUUGAUCUGGUCGGCAAAGAACUCGGGGCGCCGCAAGAGCAAGCCGAGGCCGUCGCAGAAGCCAUCUUUCGUCACCAGGAGCUGGGAGAGAGGGGCAAGAUCACAUUUCUAGGCCAGCUCCUCCAACUAGCCACGAUCUACGAUAACAUGGGCGGCCAUGCCGAUUUAGUGCACCCAGAUACCACAGCUGACGUCAAUGAGGCCUUUCCUCGGCUUCACUGGAGUCAGUGCUUUGCUGCGACAAUCCGAGAAGAGAACGGCUUAAAGCCGUGGGCGCACACCACUACAUUGGGCGAAGAGGAGUUUCCCGAGGGAGUAUUGCAAAACCCUUUGGCCAAACAAUUCGAAUGAGAAUUAUACUAUUGAAACCUAGGUCAAACAACAGACACAAUGGAAUGAAAGAGAGAGACAAAAAGCUUUCCAGGGCUGCGUUGCGCACCCUAGGUAUCGUAUGGACAUAUACUUAGUCAGACCAUAUCUUUUAAUUGUAAUAAGCUCUGUCAUGCUUUGUCUAUCUGAGGAACACGAACAGCAUCAACUUCGCAAUAUAAGAGCAUCUAG